CCACAGCGCCAUCUACAGGCGGGGAGCGAGAACAAUCAGGAAGUGACAGCCUGCUGCACGUUUGACAUGGAUUAUUAUUGACAACAAGUGAGUUCUUUCAAACAACACAGUUCAUGUUACAAUAUUUAACUGCGUAAAAUCAGAUCUGAGUGACAGCGUUUGUGUAAAUGGACAGUGACAGAGGAGGAAGAGGAGGCAGAGGCAGGAGAGGAAGGCGAGGAAAGUCGUGGUGGAGAGGUCAGGACAGAGAUGUCCGCUUGUCUAAAUCCAUGUCUUAUGCUCUUCGCCAUGGGGCAAACCAGAUGGGUCUUCACAUGGGUACAGAUGGCUUCCUGUUUUUGGAGGAGCUCCUUUCUCACCCACAGUUCCGCUCAUAUUCUCUGGAAGAUGUAGAAAGAGUCGUGGCUACAAACGACAAGCAGCGCUUUAAGCUUCGCCCCCAUCCAGAGGACGGCCGCCUGCAGAUUCGAGCCACUCAGGGCCAUUCAGUACAGGUACAGGAUUUAGAGCUGAAUCCGGUCCUAGCUGGUUCCCCGGAUUGCCCUGCUGAGGCCGUUCAUGGCACAUAUCUCCGCAACUGGAGCUCCAUCCAGCAGCAGGGCCUGAGCCGCAUGCAGAGGACCCACAUCCACCUGGCACCUGGCCUGCCAGGGGAGGAUGGAGUCAUCAGUGGCAUGAGGAAAGACUGUGAUCUAGCCGUGUAUAUUGAUGUCCCUAAGGCUCUUGCUGAUGGUAUUGAGUUCUUCUGGUCAGAAAACGGCGUGUUACUGACUGCAGGCAACACAGAGGGAAAACUUCUCCCUAAAUACUUUAGCCGAGCCCUGAGACUGAGACCCUCAAGAAGCAUCCUGCCACUGCAGUAAAAGCAGAAAAGGAUACUGCUUUGUUAUUGGCCAAAGCAGGACUCAACUGACUGUGCCAGCAUCCAGUGGUUGGUUGAUGCUUAUCCUAGUUACGCUGGCAACACUUGUAGGAGUGAGGUGAUGUUGUGCAGUAUGAGGAGAAUCCAUACAGAAAUCAACAGAAGAAGAGCUUCAGUGGUUACACUUAAUUUUGUGUUGUUAUUUAAGAGACCGGGAUGGUGUGAUGUACCUCAUUUUACAAGACUAUCCAAUGCUGGCUAAGGAAACAUAUGAUUGAUUUAUUAUAUAUAUAUAAAUAUUCAUAUAUAAAUACUUUGUUUUCCCCUUG